CCUCAUCCAACUCGAGUAGACAUGUCGUGAGACUGACACAGUAGAUAAAUGGUGUUUGCCACCCCUUUGAAAGUUUUCAGUGUAGCUUAAAUCAACCAUGAAACUCUCAACGACACUUUCCAUUACGGCCUUCGCGGUCUCUGCCAAGUCUCAGUCAUUGCUCGACUAUGUCCGACGAGAUGUGGCUACCAUAUCGAACGUCAUCAAAACGGUCGGAGACUCGCUCAUGAAACUCGACGGAACCGUCCAGGCAUUCAACGGUCAAGAUUUCACAGCACUGGGAGGCGACGCUGCGACGCUCAUCACAACACUCAAGACCGCCACCGAACAAAUCAAAGCGACCACGCCUAUUACCCUACAAGAAGCCCUCACGCUUCAGUCAUCACUGGGUCCAAUUCAAGACGUAGGCACCAAACUUGUCACUCACAUCGUGGACAAGAAGCCGCAAUUCCAACAGGCCGGGCUCUGCGAGGUUCUUUUCACCCAGAGCCAGGACCUGGGUGCUCAGGGCAAGAACCUAAUUGAUGCCACCGUGUCGAAGGUGCCCCAACAGGUUCAGGAAGUGGCCGGUCAGGUCACCGCCGGCUUCACUGAUACCUUGAACCAAGUCGCGGGCGCCUUUGCUCCUGGUAAUUGCACCAACGGUGCCGCCGCUGGGGGUACGGCUGCGGCUGCGGGUAGUGUGGCGGCUAGCAAUUCCACCACAAAUGCUGGUAGCAGACCCCAGGGCAGUACUACACCAAAUGCCAGCGCUGCCGUUCAUGUCGCUGCCUCGUUCCUGCUGACCGGUGGAGCCUUCGCCGUGGCGCUGGCGAUGUUGUGA